AUGGAGAUUCAUGGGCGUAAGUUACACCUCCAAAUCAUUAUGAACAAAUCGUGCCUAAGUCUUAGCGAAUUUCAAACUGAUCAGUAUAUCGACAUCAAAGAAAGACUUGUAGCCUUGCAGAGACAUCUGUCAGACCCGUACUCAGACUGUUACAUAGAACGCUUACUUGAUGUCGUUGUGGCGUGCGUUGCAGAAUGUACGAAAACAGUACAGACUGAAACAAAUUCACAUAUGGAAUCAUUUUUACAAAGGUUUCUGGAUGUGGCGAGGCGUUUAGAACUGUAUCGUCGUAAAUCCGAAGAUUUUUCAUUUAUCAGUUCAUUGGGUCAUGGUGCUUUUGGACGUGUUCAGCUUGUCCGUGAAAUUACAACUGGUCGUGUUUGUGCGAUGAAAAUAUUAAAGAAGUCACGUAUGUUAGAUCAGCAUGCAGAUUAUUGGGCUGAAAGAGAAAUUAUGUCAAAUGGUGAAAGUCCAUGGAUUGUACAGCUGUACUAUGCUUAUCAAGAUUUAAAACACUUAUAUAUGGUUAUGGAGUAUGUACCUGGUGGUAAUCUUGUUAGUUGGAUGGAUGAAGUAGAAUUUAUGUCGGAGGCUGCUUGUCGUUUUUAUGCAGCAGAAACAAUUCUUGCUUUAAUUGAUUUACAUGCAAUGGGAUUUAUUCAUCGUGAUUUAAAACCAGAUAAUUUAUUAUUAGAUUCAGGUGGUCAUUUAAAAUUAGCUGAUUUUGGUACUGCUGUGCGCGUGAAUCCAGAGACAUUACUAGUUCAUUGUGACGCAGCUGUUGGAACACCAGAUUAUCUUAGUCCAGAAGUUCUUUUAUCACAGGGUAUCGGUGGCGGAAGUUAUGGAUUUGAAGUUGAUUGGUGGGCGUUAGGUGUAGUAAUAUAUGAAAUGCUUUAUGGUGUUACACCAUUUUAUUCAGAAACACUAGUGAAUACCUAUGCACAUAUUAUGAAUCAUGAAACUUAUUUAAAAUUCCCUGAAAAUGUCAGUGUUUCUGACUCUUGUUUAGAUUUUAUGAAAAAUCUUUUAUGCGACCGCAGCACCAGAUUAGGGAGUCAAAGUCGCGAUUUAACUGAAGUAUACAACCAUCCUUGGUUCUCCGUCGACUGGAUUCAUUCACAACAGACCGAUGGCAAUGUAGAUUCUAUGGACGCUUCGAUUGCUGAUUGGACCUGGACAAAUAUUCGUGCUUGUCGGGCACCUUUUCAGCCACAUUUAACUAGUGAUACAGACACAUCGCAUUUUCAACCCGAGACAGAUGAAGAGGAUGAUGAAUAUGAGAAUCAAAAUGUUCAGUUGAAAGAUGAAAAUAACAAUGUGAAGCCUAAAGAAGUGGCUAAAGGUGAUUUUCCUGAGUCAUCGUCUAGUGAUCAUAAGUAUUCUGCACGUUAUUCUGAACACUUGUUGGAUACUGCAGGAAGUCAACUUGCUUUUGCAGGUUUUUCAUUUUCUUCCUCUCAUCCAUAUCAUCUGGCUUUACUAAGUGGAUUAAAUUUACCAUCAUCAUCAAAAGAAUUAAUUAAUGGCAAUACUGACUCCCUUCACGUUAGCAAUAUUAAUACAACUGAUAAUCAUCAACAAAAAUCAGACAACAAUGAUAUUAAUAAUAAAAGUUGUGAAAGUAUAAAUCAAUUAGUAAAUAAUAAUAAAGAAAGUAAUUCUAGUGAAGCUAAAAUGAAUCAUGCAAAUUAUGAAUCACAAGUGGCUCGUUUACAAAUGCAAUUAGAAGAUGCACUUACAUUGUCAGAUACGCAUUUAAGUGAAGUUAGUUCAUUAACUCUUCAGCUAGAACAAACGACUAUUCGAUGUCGUGAAUUGGAAAGUAAACUUUCCUUACAAGAAAUCAAUUUUAAGAAAACAAAAGAAGAAAUGGAACGACAACUGGAAAAUGCUCAUGCUGAAGCUGCUGCUAAUUGUUCUCGUUUAGAGGCUGAAGUUAUAAAAUGGAAGUCUCUAGCACAAUCGGAAGAAGCAGCUAGACAGUCAGCAGAAACAGCUGGUAGUAUGGCUGUAGCAACAGCUACUGUUCAGUUAGCGCGUCGAGCAGCAGAAGUAGCUGAUCGGUUAGGUCGUCCAGGUACACGAAACAGUUUAUCACGUGUAGUAUCACCAGGAGUAACAGUUUUAGGAAAUGAUUCUAAUUCACCGUUUGAUUCAAAUAUUCCAUCGGAUCAUAGUGAUGUUGAUGCACCGGACAACUUGAAUUCACUUUCAUUAGAUAAUCCAAAUACAGCAACUGAAUUAUUAAUUAAUCGAAUGGAAGAGAUGGCUAGGCGGGCACAUCGUGCUGAAAAUACAGCUCAAGAAGCAGCUGAUCAACUGGAAGCUGAAAAACAUUUCAAGCAUAUAUAUAAAGAAACCUGUGCUGAAAAAACGGAUCAAUUAAAUGAAAAGACUCGUGAAUUAGGAGUAUUACAGGAGUUGUAUGCACAAAAGUGUAAAAUGAUUCAAAGGACUAAUGAGAAAUAUGAAGCUGCUCUAAGAGCUCUUGAUGAAAUACAACAAAAAGUUGGUCGUUAUGUAGAAGCUGCACAAAGUUCGAAAGAAAGUGCUCAUGCGGCAAGUCAGCGAGCAGCACUAGCCAGUAGUGAAGCGGCUCAGUUACGUGUUGAACUUGAACGUAUGACUCAGGCUUAUAAAAAGGAGCAGGUCAAAUUUAGUGCUACAGUUAAUAAGUUAACUGAGGUUUUAUCUGGCAAGAAUCCGGACACUCUGGAAUUAAUGUGGCUUGCCAGCUUUCAGCAGCAACAACAAGAGCAAGAUGGCGGUAGUCGUACUGUUAGUCCAUUCUUCCUCGGCUCUAAUUCAGCUCGUAGUAAAGUAGCCAGUUUAAAAGGACUAGGACAACAGAAACGAUUGAAUUUACAGUUGAACCAACGUUCGAAAGAGAAUAAACGAUUAUUGUCUGAAAUUAAUCGAUUGAACGAUGAAUUAUCUACAUUGAGAAAAGAAUAUGAGAAUAAAUUACGUUUAAAUGAAUCGCAUACAGUGUCACUUGAAUCAGAAUUGGCUUCGCUCAAAGAACAAUUACAUAGUGUAUCAAUUCCUAAAUCCUCACCUUCACAACAAGAUAUAGACGAUGAUUCACUGGGAUUGCGUCAUUAUCAUCAAUAUCAUCAGUUACCACAACAGCAGCACAAUCUGCAUACUAACAAUAAUAGUCAAAAUAACUAUUAUCAGAAUCAUCAACAUGCCCAACAACAGUUGCCUAAUCACAGCAUACUGUUAAUCAGUAAACAAGUAUUCAAUUCAGAUAAUUAUUCCAACUUAUCGAAUAAUAAUAACAAUAUUAAUGGUAAAAGUAAUCAUAUUACUGAAUGUGAUUCAGCUGUGAGAAAAUCAUUUGUACGUCCUAGCUCUACAAUACCGUCUACAGCUCAAUCAUCUGUUUCUCACGAAACCAAUGUGAAGUAUCCUAACGUUAACACUAAUACAAAAUUAGGUGCAACAAAAAAUCGUGCAUCGGGUGGUAAUUCACGUAAUCCUACUGAACUGAUGUUGCCUUCUGCUAUUGAUGAGCUUAUACCGGUAGAUUUCAAAUUUUAUGGUAUUCUGGAGUUCGGACCAAAGCGAGGUAAACGAAACAAGCUUCAUUGGGAGUCUUGUUUUGCACAGCUUACACGAACUCAUUUAAUGCUAUGGAUAUACCGAGUGACUUAUGCAAGCGUAUACAUGAAUUAUACGAUAAAUAUUUAG